ACGCUGCCAUGUGGCGGAGGGACCGAUACCACCGAGGGAGGAUGCCUAAGUCCUCACUCUGAUCUGCGGCUUCAAGGUUUCCGGAUCUGUCGCGCGCCCGUCCACGGUCUCCGACGGCCGCCGCCGGGACGGAUAGUCGUAGCGCGCGUCGGCGGGAGGAGAAAUUGAAAACCGGUGAAAACCGUCUCGAGAAACUCUCGCGCGCGCGAGUUCCCGCGAUAUCGCGCCAAGUGCAAUCCCUCGAGUACCCUCACGGCCGCGGGCCGGAGGAGAGUGCGGCUUAUCGUUUUCCGCUUCAUUCGGCGCCCAGUCUCCGUAGAUCUCGCUCUCCCGCGCGAGAGUUCGUACCUACGUGACGUACGUCGCUCGGGUGUGCGCUGAUCGACGUCGAUCAGCGGCCGCGGGCCUUCCCCCGCGCUGUGUUCGCCAAACUUUGCUAGUUACCCCCGCGUGGGAUCGAUUCCUCUCGCUCAUCUUGAUUCUCGAACUUCCCUGCCGUUCCGCGGAUACGCAGAGAGAGAGAGAGAGAGAGAGAUCACCGUACGGUGGAAAGAAAAGGGAGAAACGAGAAGAGAGCAAGGUACAAGUAAGCGAGAGCGAGUCGAGGGUGGGUUUCUAGCGGUUUUAGCGAAUCAGAGCGGAAGAUUCCGCAGCGUCUUGGAAUCGGCCGACACGGACUCGGCUUGAAGUUAACGACGAACACUAUCGAACGACGCGUCCGCGUCUUCGGUGACACCGGUGAUUCAUUAUUCCACCGAGGAGAGAAAGAGUGAGAGAGGGGGCGAAGAGAGGGAAAAGUAAGUCCGUUAUUGCGGCGAGUGGAGUGCAGAGCAAACACACCGUCGCGUCUUCGACGGACGGCGGGUCAUCUUCAUCAUCGGUUGAUUUCAGCUCCGAGCUAGCUUUUCCUUUACGAUCAUAAACGUUCUAACAAUCUCCGAGAGAGAGAGAGAGAGAGAAAGGGAGAAAGAUUAUAUCUUCCGGAUUACACACACUCUUCGCUCGACGCUCAGGUAAAGAGAAGGCGAAGAAAUCGUGUAUCGUCCGAGCGUUGACGAGGAGUCGGACGACCGGCACACGCGGGUGAUGUCGCCCUGAGGAUACCGGAUAUCUCGCGCAAUUUCUGGGAAAUAGUAGAUUUCAUCCUCACCGGAGGACCGGCGACAGCUUCGCUCGUGAUGAGCUCGCGCGAGGGUGAACGCGCGCUGACGUUCGGAGCGCUUCGAAGAGAACCGUCUCACGGCGAUCGAGGUGAACUGCCGGCGCAGUGACCGGCGCGAGAGAGAUCGCACGCUUCCCCCGACGCGUGAAAUGAUGACCCUCGUGACGGACGCGGUGCCUUACGGCUACGAGGCGGUCACUAGGCCGCCCUACGACGCUUACCGCCACCAUCAUCAUCUGCACCACCAUCAUCACCAUCGGUACCGGCGCGUCUACACGCCGACGGAGCCCGAGUACCUGCAGGGGUACAUCUCCCGGAGGGACACGGACGACCGCGCGAGGAUCACCGGCAACGCUUUGACCGCGCCGGCCACCAGUCCGUUGAACUAUCGCGAUCGCAACGAUCGCAUCAGGUCGCAGUCCCGAUACGCCCUCGACUCGGACGACGCCUCGUCGGUGAUAUCGGCGGACGCCUCGGCCGACCUCGAGUCCGGUUCCGCAGACGCCGACGAAACGAACGAGACCAACGAGACCAGCGAGACCAACGAGACGGGCGAAACGAACGAGGGCGAGUCGAUCGAGCACGUGCCGCAUCCUCACGUUUUAGACGCCGGCUCGCCGCACGGUCCGCGCAGAUGUCUCCUGUGGGCCUGCAAGGCCUGCAAGAAGAAAACAGUCACUGUCGAUCGGAGGAAAGCGGCAACCUUGCGGGAGAGACGCCGCUUGAGAAAGGUUAACGAGGCCUUUGAGGUGCUCAAGCGGAGAACCAGCAACAAUCCUAACCAACGUUUACCGAAAGUAGAGAUAUUGCGCAACGCUAUCGAGUACAUCGAGAGUCUCGAGGCGUUGCUGCAAGGAAACCGGCCUCCCGGACACCAGGAUCAUCCUUCCGCCGAGAAUAUGAAUGGAGAGUCGCCGCAGUACGUGACGGACAGACUUCGGCAAUUCUCGGAUCCUUUGGCAAGGUUUCAACCAAUUAACGGUUUCGAGCAGACCGAGGCGUUGUCUUCGCAAAACAACGGCAGCAGUUUGGAUUGUCUCAAUAUGAUCGUGCAGAGCAUCAACGGGCCGCUGCAGCCGUCCGCCGACAGUCACUACUCGACGCAUCAUUGAGGCCGGCACGGUAUCGAUAUUUAAUUCUCUCGGAAGGACCCCCGUUUUUCUCUUAGCUCUCACACGACGACAACUCACGACGUGCCCGCUUUAGGGUAUCUCGAGUGAGCGCACAAGUACGGUCAAAAAGACUCGGUUAUUCUCGUGCAGAGUGACCCGCUGUCGUAGCACAGCGCGUUUCAGAAAUUGUCGAAAGUGUACUUUUAUUGAUCCACCCGCGGAAAUGAGCAACUCGAGGUGAAUAACUGCCACAUCUCGAUGGUGGUUAAGUCGAUAAUUACGCGAAUAUCUAAAAUUCAUAAUUAAAUGCCUCGAGGGGCGAAUCGAGUUUCCGGAGCGCGAAUAGAAAUUAAUCUUGAAAUGAAAUCUCGCGUAUUCCAGUUAGCCCCUCCGGAGAUAUUUCUUCCGAGGAUUUUUACCAUGAUUUAAAAAUAAUUUCGCGCCGGCAAACAAUGGUUGUUUGUUCAAUCUUGAAGAAAACACGGAGGGGGGAGUCGACUGUAAAUCCGAAGAAUUUCUAGUCCAAAGAGAGAAGCGCGUGACUUCUGAAACUUCGUGUAUAUUCUGAUAUCGGUAUGCCGGACAUAUUCGUGGGAAUUUUUAUCGAAGCGAGAAUUAUGGAUGUCGCAGGCGAUUAACAAGCGCGGAAUAUUCGCCGGAGGUAUGCAGAUAGGUUUCCGAUUUCGUUGUCGACAAAUCUAUGCGAGAUAUUGGAAGUGCCGUGAAAUAGUCAAAUAUUUUGUCUAUACCAAAGGAAAAUAUUUUCAGAGAUAAACCUCUGCGAGCGAAGCUUAAGAUAUUGUAGGUAAGCGGGCGGGGGAAGAUGAAAAUCCGCGGCGAGAGAUUGUAUUUUUAAACAAAUUUGAAAUCGAUUCUGCCAAUGUGGAAAUUUUGCACGAUGUUAUCGUGCCUUGCGAUUUUGCAAUUGUCGCUUUCCAAAUGUCCGAGCGGACAAAGUUAAAGCGAAACUUUCGAGUGAAACGUUUAUGUCAAUGUAAUGACGAUAGUUAAAAUUAAUCAAGAAUGAUAGUGUUUCGUUAUUUGUUUUUCGCUCUCGGAUCAUUCGAAUCUACUUGAUUUUAUGAUCGUCGAAUAAAUUAUGUAUUUAAACAUGUGUAUUUCAACAUAUUACUACGUUCGAAAGGAACGAACGUAUUCAUACGUUCGAUGUGAAUUUCUAAAGAAAAUUGAUCUUCCUUGGUAUUUCUGGCUUUCGAUUCAAUAGUCAAUCGUGGUAAAUAUGAUAUGCGGAACGACUUAAGCGCCGGAAUCAUCAGUUACGCUUUAAUUAUAUUUAUUUCCAGUAACUAUUAUAUUUUUUCUUCCUCUGUCUCCCACCAUUAUGAUCGCGAGACACACACACACACACACACUCUCUUUUUCUCUCUCUUUUGUAUAGAGCUCUUUCUUAAUUAUUCGAGGUGCCAUCGUCGUGCCGCGUUUACGUCGUUUUGCAUCUCCAAGCCCGAAAUUACGAGUCCAGCUUUCGAUGUGGCGAAUGACCUGUCUGCCUCAUGAAAGCUUUACGAGGGACGCCUGUGUCUUGACUCGCUUAACGAUUCCUCCAGGAACAAAUCGCCGAACUUUUUAUGUGCCUGCGAGCGAGCGAGCGAGCGAGCGACCACGUUAAUAUGUCAGCGAGCUUUGUUUAUACCGCGACGAUGUAAAUAUGUGGAAUGAUGAAACAAUAAAGUGAGGAGCAACGGAAGAAGA